AUGGCCACAGCCACUGCCACAGGAAACAUCUUCCUGUGGGAUUUCAAUUACGAUCGAAAUUCAAAGUCGCGCUCGCUGCUCGGCUCCUAUCAAUCCGCAUGUCAGGGACUGAGUUGGAACAACAAAGACACGAAUUUGCUGCUCUCCUGUUUCCAAGAGGGCGUGAUUCUCUUAUGGGUUCACAAUCACUUUUUUAUUCAUUCAUUCGACCGCAGACAAGAGCAGUACGCUUCCAAAUGGUCUUUAAACAGCUCCUCCUCGGGAGUCUCCUACGUCAAGUUCGAUCCAUUCCAUCCCAAUCAUUUCUGUUGCAUUCACGACGAUAAAACCAUCAAGCUUUUCGAUAUGGCCUCCACGUCGCUGAACCACAUUUUCUGCUACGAGGCCACGGGCACGAUCACCACCAUUCACUACAAUCCAUACAAGCCCAACAUCAUGGCUGCAGGCACCGCCAACAAGUCCAUUCUGCUCUUCUACACUGCCUCGCACAAGCUCAGCAAUCUCUACGCUUCGUUUUCGCAUCUGCCGGGCCAGCAAGACUACUGUCCCGAAGGCAUUCGCACCGAAUUCGAAAUCAAAGACAUCAGCUGGAACCCGCAGAACCCCAACGUUUUGGCCGCCUGCGGCAUGGCCGACGGAAGUGCCGUCGCUGUGUGGGACAUUCGCCGCCCGAGUUUGCCCUUCCGAUUCCUCUCGCAAACCCAGAAAAUCAACGAGGUCUGCUGGAUGACGCAUCCCGGAUCGACCUCCAGCGAGGAAUAUCUCUCCGUUCUGCAGCAGCGAGGCACCGAGACCUCCAUCGACGUGUUCCAGCUGCGCUCCUUGCCGCUCUUCUCGUCGAUCGUCUGCAUGAGCGCGCUCUCGAUUACCAACUACCAGAAAAUCGCCGUCGUUUUGAACGCCACGUCGCGCGAGAAGCCGCACAUCCCGCUGGAUCUCAAAGAAAACCAGCUGUUUUCGCUCACCGGAGAGAACUCCAUUCUCGUCGUGCAAACCAUCGAUCCUUCGGAUGCCAUCGAGGGAUUCAUGUAUAAUCAGCAGCGACUCAUCUACCUGGCUCAUCAUUAUCGCGUUCUUCCCUGCGAGGGCUGUCAAUCGACCGCUGAAUUGUGCAAAUACAACGCGGAUAUCUGCCGCUCUUGCUGCAUGCCCGCGAUCGAAACGAUUUGGCUGCUGCUGAAAGACUUGGUGGAAGCCAUUCAAGACGAGGACACCGAGACUGUUCGCAUUCGCUCGCACUCCUUCGUUUCGCCCCACUUGACUCCGUCCAGAGGCAAUUCGAUCUCGUCGUAUCAUCGCGAAAACAGCGUCAGCGAGUGUUCCUCCAUCCUCGAAUCGAAUCCUUGCGCUCUGAAGGUCCAGCUCAAUCUCAAGGAAGACCUCUCCUUCAUCCCUGCGUUAGUGCGGGAGGGAGACAUCCAAAACGCCGUUAUGAUUUCCUUCGUCAUGUGGGAAUUCCUGAAGCACGACGAAUUGGCACUCAAGGAAGUUCCUACCUGGGUGGAUGGCUAUCUGGAUUUGCUGAACCGCGAACAACUUUAUGAAGAGGUUGUUGCGCUUCGCAACGUGUGUCAUCGGCUGAAAAUCCAGCUGUUGGAAGUCUAUAAUUCCAAAAAUCGGGACUAUUUUGUGUAG